CUUUUGCUUGUCUUAUCAAUCAUCCAGCGUGUUAUUGCAUGGAACGACUGUAAUAUCAUCUGUAUUGUAUGAUCUGAAAAAGAAUGUCGAAAUCUUCACCAAAAAUGUUCAUACCUAUUGCCGUUUUUAUAUUCGUUACAUCAGUAGGAUUUCUUGAAGGUAUUACUACAACAGGAAAUAAAGAAUGCUCUACGGACAAUCAGUAUAAGUGUAAUAACGGUAAAUGUAUCCCUCUUUCAUGGCGCUGCGAUGGUGAUGAAGAUUGCCCGGAAGGUGACGACGAAGAUAAAUGUUCACGGAUAUCUUGCAAGACGGACAGAGAAUUUGAAUGUGUUGGUGAUUCAACCGGCCUUUCAUUGUAUGCUUCAAAAAUGCGAGAUUACCCAGCACGCUGUAUUCCAAAAACUUGGGUAUGUGACGGAGAACCUGAUUGUCGUGACUCAUCGGACGAAAAAGGAUGCCAAAACAUAACAUGUGAAAAAGAUCAAUUUGUAUGUGAAGAAUACAAAGGUCAUGCUAGAAUGUGCAUCCCGAUGACAUGGAAAUGCGAUGGUCAAAAUGACUGCGUUGAUAUGUCCGAUGAAAAAGACUGCCAAAAGACAAGGACUUGUGGCACAAACGAGUUCCAAUGCGAUAACGGUGUAUGCAUAUUCAAAAAUUGGCUUUGUGAUGGUGAUGAUGAUUGUGGUGAUGGUUCGGAUGAAGAUCACGGAAAAUGCCCGAAUACGACAUGUGAUGCUACCGAGAAAUUUCAAUGUCGAUCGGGUGGGACGUGUAUUCCUCGAAUGUGGGUUUGUGAUGGUGAAGCGGAUUGCAAGGAUCGUUCGGAUGAGAUGGAUUGUUCAGAUAUUGGUGCAGUUAUAAAUCAAAAUCCACAUGUGGUUACAUGUCAUCAUAGCUUUGAAUUUCCUUGUCGAAAUGGAGGUCACUGCAUCAAUAAGGCGUGGAAGUGUGAUGGAGAAAUGGAUUGUGCAGAUGGUUCAGAUGAAGAAAAUUGUGACAAGCCUGCUUGUGCGGCUAAUGAGAGGACUUGCGAUAUGGGAAAAUGUAUUUCGGCGAGCAAAUGGUGUGAUGGUUUCGAUGAUUGUCUCGACGGAACUGAUGAAAAAGAUUGUACACUACCUGUUAAACAAGAGAACUGCGAUGAAAAUACGGAAUACCGUUGUCCAGGAACUCCUUUGCAGUGUAUCAAACUAGAAGAUUUAUGUGUUGAUGGAAAACCGAAUAAUGACUGUUUGAAAUCUGUUUGCUCAUCGCAUUUCAAUCUAUCACUUUGUGAUGAUAUAUCAAACAAUCAUUGUAAAUGUCGAACAACAAAGUUUAAUGGUACUAUUUGCCAUUGUCCUCGUGGCUUCGAGUUAAAAGGAAGAAGUUGUAUAGAUAUCGAUGAAUGCGCUCAGAUUGGAAUAUGUGCCCAGAAAUGUAUCAAUGUGCCAGGUGGAUACGUCUGUGAAUGUUAUCCUGGCUAUCAUCUUACGAUGGGCAGAUCAAUUGGCAAUACGAACAAAAGUGCGGGUAUAUGUCGGGCGAAAGGCAGUGAUCCAUUGUUGCUGCUGUCCAAUAGAGCUACUAUACGGAGAUUCGACUUGGUUACGAAUAAGUAUGAGCCACUCGUUGCAAAGCUUGAUUCUGCAGUAGCGAUGGACUUUUUGCACAGGAACGAUACUCUAAUUUGGUCGGAUGUUUCACAAGAGAAGAUAAUGAUUUGCCACAUGGGUAAGGGAUUGAAAACACUGCAAGAUGUUCGUGGCUGUGCUGAAGGCGAGCAUAAUAUUACACUUAUUGAUAAGGAUGUCUCAACGCCUGAUGGUUUAGCAGUUGAUUGGGUUCAUCAGUUGUUGUUUUGGACUGAUACGGGUCUUGACCAGAUAAAUGUUCUGGAUCUGGUAACGCGUAAAAGACGAACAUUGUUUUCUGAGAAUCUAGACGAACCACGUGCAAUCGCUGUAGAUCCAUUAAGGGGACUAAUUUUCUGGACCGAUUGGGGUUUGAGUGCACAUAUUGAACGUGCUGGUAUGGAUGGCAACAAUAGAACGGUGAUAAUUUCUGGUGAAAUGAUUAAAUGGCCGAAUGGUUUGGCUUUGGACAUCUUAGAACAAAGGCUUUAUUGGGCAGAUGCAAAAGUGAAAUUAAUUAUGUCUUGCGACUACUGGGGACAACAUAUAAGACUUGUGCUUCGUUCACAUGAACGUGUGAAGCACCCGUUUUCGUUAACCGUUUUUGAAGAACGUCUCUACUGGACCGAUUGGGAUCAGGAAGGAGUACUUACUGCUAAUAAAUUCACAGGGAGCGAUUUUAAGACAGUAAUGAAUGGCGUUUCCGGCCCUAUGACGGUUAGGGUGUAUCAUGAAUUGGCCCAACCUGAUCAUCCUAAUAAAUGCGCCGAUCACGAAUGCGAGCACAUGUGUCUUCCUAAGGCUCAUCUCCCCGUCAAUAAAGAUGCUCAUUUUCUUCUGAAGGGGCGCCCAUAUACAUGUGCUUGUAUGAAUGGUUUCAUUGUAAGCUUGGAAAAUGAGAAUUAUUGUGUUUUGGAAUCAGAUGCUGGUGAAGGUAAUAACUCAAAUGGAUCAUCACCUUUUUCAUUCUCCUCAGUGUUUCUACUACUACUCGUUGCUUCCGCAGCAAUCGCGGGUUAUUUGUGGUAUCAUAAGCGGCCGACAAACUUCACAGUGCUUCAUGUGGACAAUCCGGUAUACAGACGUACCGUAGAAGAAGUUGACGCUGAUAUGGAUCCAUUCGCUGAUGCUCCUUCUAAUUCAAAUGGCAUUCAGCGUGGCGUAAAACUUGUCAUUGAUCAGGAGCAACAGUGGAAAUAUAAUCCCGUUAGUGCUCCCCCGCCAACUACAUCAAGUACUUCGCUAAGCAUACCGACUGAAUCGAUGACUGCUCCUCUGACUUCUUCGAUGGUUGGUUGAUAUAAUUUUAACAACAGUGAGAGAAUGCUUAUGAGUCACCUCACAUUUGUGACGAUCUAAGUAUAACAGUGCAUCUCCUCCGGUUUACUGAUUUGUCAUAUAUUUGUCCGCUUAGUUGUUCAUUACAGGUAACUCUUUUUUAUUGUUUCCUGUUUGGCGUGUACAUUUUACGUAUAUGUCUUUUUAUUUGAAUGAGCUCUCUUCUCUUGAUUCUUCACCGUCCUUGUUUAAUUGUCAAACUUUAAUUGCUUUUAGUUAAUGAGUGUAAUC